AUGUGGAAUUACACUCCAGCUAGUAAAAUUUGUCACAUGAGAACUUAAAUGGAAGCAUAUGAUAAACAUUUGUACAGUGUUAGAAAUGCUAAAUCGAUAGUUAAAACAACUACUCCUUAUAAACCCUAUUUUUUGUCAGUUUGUAGUCGAUAUCAAAAUAAAUAUGAAAACAAUGAGAUCAACAAAUGCAACUCAAUAUUAUUCGACAAGAUACUUGAUAUUGAUAUUAGAUAGGGGGAUUUAAGUUAAUCGAAAAUGAAAUAAAAAUUCAAGUUGAGUACUAGUCGUCAAUCAACCAAUCGAAACAGAGGCUUGUCAAUAGAUCUAGAGAACAGCAAAAUUAGUGACAGGAUUCAAUCGGCAAAGAGUUAAUAUUCCAAAUAAAGAUAAUUAAGACACAGUUCUUAAUUUGAAAGAUACAGUAAGAAUAUCUCUCAGAAUGCAAGUUAAAUUCUUUACUUAUAAAAUAGGGAGAACAUCUCAUUAUGA